ACGUCAUUUAAAUCAACGAAGAAAUUCAUUUCGAACGAUUGAAGAUGAAUCCUUUUAAAUUUAUCUUUGAAAUCUGGUUUAUUAUUUCUUAUAAAUUACAAAUUUCAGAGUCAAAAUUGCCUAUGGCUGUUAAUAUCAGCUCAUACAGGUUUGUUCACUAUGAAAAUUCGGAGUAUCCUUAUUUAACGUUCAACGCUUUCCACAAAUCAUUAAACUUCAAAUUGCAGCCUGAUUUAUCUCCAUUAUUCUUGACUACUAAAGUAUUUAUUUAUGAAGACAAUAACAUUAAGAAGUUCUAUUUACAAAACUUCUUCUCAGACGGACACAUUCUUUUCAAGGGAUAUCUCGAAGGAACAGAUGAUACUAAAAUAACAGGAUAUUACUUAGGAGAAGUGUUUAUUGGAAGAAUCAUUAUUAACAAUACAGUUUACUCUGUAGAGCCAGGUUUUCCUUACGUUCCUCGAGCACAUACCAGACUUGGAAUUUUCUACAGCCUCGAUGAUGUCAAUGAGCUUAGCCAAACUGAAUUUGUAACGUGUGAAAGAUUAAGGACAGACUAUGAAAGAAGUUAUAAUCACAUCAUUUUCUCUGAUGACAACUACAAUAAAUUGAAAAGCACUACUUCUCAAAGAUCUAAUAAAAUAUGCACUUUAGAAAUAUUGAUUGAUCACACAUAUUUUCAAUACAUGGAAUCUGAUAAGCAAUCUGUGCUACUGGAAGUUCUACACCUUAUAAACAUCGCCAAUUCGAUAUUCAAAAAAUCAGACGUUGACGGAAGUAGAAAAUCGGACGUUAUAGAAUUCCUAAUCGACCAAAUAACGAUAUUCGAAAAGAGAAUUCAAAUAGCGUAUCCAUAUUCAUACCAGAGCAGCGACAGUCCAGGAUUUAUACAAAACUUAAAGCAAUACAAAAGUCCUUACUGUCUGUUGAUUUAUUUCACUCAUAAAGAUUUCGAGAAAGAAAACCUGUGCACCAAUAACAAACUCGGAAGAAUAUGCCCUGAUUUUGAUUCAAAAGAAAGAACACACAACGUCAUAUUUGUUACAAAUGUCGUUAAAGGAAGAGAAAUUCCACGAUACAGAAUGGCAUUGACGUUAUUACGUCAUCUGGGACACGCAUUCGGAUGCAAACACGAUCCUGUAAAUGCUUCUGUGUGCACAUCUUCACACUUUUAUAAGGAUGAUGGCAAAUAUAUUAUGGAACCUCAAUACACAAGCGGAGCACAUAAUAACAAUUGGAAAUUUUCAAUCUGUUGUCUGAAAUCAAUGAAGAAAUUUAUUAAACGCAGAGAUUCGUGUUUGAAAAUGGUGUCUAAAUCUUCGUGUGGAAACGGCAUCGUCGAAGAAGGUGAAAACUGCGACUGCAAUCCUGCAGAAAAAACGUGUAUAAAUACAAGUUUAUGCUGUCACAAUAAACAUCACCCUAUGAGAUGUACCCUUAAGACAGGAGCGUACUGCACAUUUGGAACAGAUGAAUGCUGUAAUUAUAAAUGUGCAAACGUUACUUCCAAUGAAUAUAGACCUUGUUUCAGUAACAAACCUUGUUGGAACGUUAGCAGUAUUUGUGACGGGUAUUCUCCAUUCUGUCCUGCACAAAUGCAACCCGAUAAUAUAUCGUGCCUAAAUAACAGAGGGAUUUGUAUAAAAGGAAAGUGCGAUACCGAUAUUUGUAAAAUAUAUGGUCUACAGUCUUGUCAAUGUUCUACUCGUCACACCGAGUGUUAUGUCUGUUGCAAAAAUAAAUCCAGUGAGUGUCUACCAGCAACAUUAUUCGAAAUCUUCACUCCGACUUCUGAACCUUACGUCAGGAAAAAGGAUACUCUUUGCGACAAUAAUUACGGAUUGUGUCUAAGUAACGGAACUUGCAAAAGAAAAGAUAUUUUCAAAAUACAUACAGUCUCAGAGUAUUUAUAUGUCUUACCUUUUCUUGGAAUUAUACUGAUUGCUAUUGGAUGUUUUGUAUCGCAUCAAGAAAAGCGACCAAGUAUUAUUGAUACCAGCAAAAUAUACAUGACUAGGAAAACCCUACACAGUAUAUAAAAUGCAGGAAUAUAGUCUAUUGUAACAUUAUGUAACAUUGAAUAUUAUGUGCUAUAACUAGAAGUUUAAUGCAUCGUUUAUAUUGAUUUGUCUGUUUAUAGCUUUGGAAUAGGUCACGGUACUAACUUGUAUAUUUAGGAUUGAAAAUUAUUAAAUCUUUGUCUUGUGAACACAUAGUUCAUCUCUUCACUGUUAUUGAUAAGUAUUUUUAUAUUACUAUAUUAAAUAAAUAUCAUA